GCGCCUAGUUCGAAACAAGGUCACCGUGUUCAUCGGACUGUAUUUUCUCUUGUCAGUUGGAUAUUUGUGUUAUCGGAAGCAUCUGAUUCCGACAACAAAACUUAAACGCAGUUAAUUGUUAAAUAAUUGUAAAUUGUAACUAUCUCAAUGAAAAAUGAAAUAUUAUCAAUAAGAAACAAACAAAAAGUAGAUAAUUAAUGGGAUCCUACAUGGGAGUAAAUCAAAAACUAACAUCUAGAAUUCUUUCCAACUGUCGAUAGAGCAUGAAUGCAUUGAAGUAUUUGUCUGCUGUCCUUAUUGCUGUUCUUUUAAAAAUUGUUUAAACAUGAUAAAAAAAAAAGAAACUUUUUCAAGAGCUUCUCUGAGCUUAGCGACUGCACAAAUAUGUCAUUCUUUAGGGUGGCAUUCAAUCCACCAGUCUUCUCACGAUGUAUUAACUGAUGUUUUGGAAAGAUAUUUAUUGUUUCUGACUCAAACUGCUGUCAAGUAUUGUCAAAACUAUUGUCGUACUGUUCCUAAUCUUGAUGAUGUUUCAUUAACAUUUGAGCAGCUUGGUGUUCACAUACAUGAAUUGGAAGAUUAUGUGCAGCAAGUUGAAUCUUCGCCUGUUUUAAGACCACCACCAAAAUUUCCUUACUGUUUAAGUAACAACCAACUUCAAUUUAUUGAAGAUGAACAGUAUCCUCCUAAGGUUGAAGUUUUGCCCACGUCACAAAUUAAAGAAGAAUAUCCUGAAGAUAAUAAGCAAGAUGUGUCUAUCAAAGUUGAAGAAAUUGAGUUGCAACCUCGCCCUGAAGAUUUAUUUUUACCCAACAUAAUUUGUUCCAGUACAUCUCCAGCGACAUCACCAUCAGAAAAAAUAAUUCAUAACACUGAAAAAAAUGAUUUUACAAGGCCAGGUUUAAUAGUAACAACUCCAAAAGGUUUUACGCCAAAUCUUAAAUCACCUACAACAAUCGAUGGUUUUACAGAUAAUGAUGAAGCGCAAGAAAUUUUCAUAAAGGAGGAAAAACCUCCUCUGCCUUCCCAAAUACUGCCUAAAAUCACUGCCAACAAUUCGGUGGCUUCAAAGUCAUCAAUGAACACAAAUACAAAGUAUUUAACUGUAGCUGCAAAGAUUGAUCUUGAUAAGACUAAUUUUAAUCCUGUUGUAUCUCUAUCUAGCAUAAAUGACCAGUUACCUGCAAGAGAUAAAUCUGCAGUUAAAAAAGAAGGAAAGCCUCCUAAAUUGACUCUUUCAACCCUUCAAAAGUCAUCACCUUCAAGUGUUAUAAAGUCAUCUCCCUCAAGUCUUCUUAAAUCAUUUCCUUCAAGUCUGCCAAAUUCUCCUUCAUGUAUUUUCAGUUCUGUUGCUACAAAUUCACCCAAGUCUCCAUCAAGUCUUUCAAUGUCUCCUUCAAACUUAACAAAAUCUCUUUCAAGUGUUCCAAAGUCACCUUCAAGCAUACCAAAAUUAUUACCUUCAAGCUUUUCCAAACCCAUACCAUCAAACCUUCCUAAAUCAAUAAAUAAAAAAUUUAAUAAAAAUCUCAGUAAAAAUAAAGUUGUUAAGAAAUCUGAAGUUAAGGAAAAAAAAAAUGUUUCUAAUGAAGUUACUAUAAAACAUGUAAAAAAAGAUACUGAACCUUAUAAAAUGACAGAUAAUCAGUCGAGAAAAAUGAUUUUAACACCACAACAAGAACUUGUUUCUCCAACAACCCCAUCAAAAGCUGAAGAUGAAGUUAUAAGUCCAGUUACACCGUUAAAAAAAAUGUUUCAAGAAGAUGUGUUGCCGAAAUGUACUUCUCAUAGUGAAAAACAAGUUGAACCAGUAGUAGCUGAUCUUGUUGUUUCUCCUAUAAUUUCUCCACAAAAAACUUUUGUUUCAUCAAGUGAUACAUUACUUCCUUAUUUAGGAACACGUUUAACUGAGUCUCCUUUAAAGCAGAUAACUAAUGUAACAGAAGUUACGCAUUUUCUGCCUUCUGAUAUCCCUACAGAUAUGCCUGUAUUGACCUAUGAGAAACAUAUUGAUGAUGUUUUGAAUUUAACUGAAGGAAGUACUGAAAAUGAAGUAGAUAUACUUUCAUUAUCAAAAGAUGAGCUUUCCCCUGAUGAGUUACAACCUAUGACACAUUCAAGUGUUAUUUUUACAUGUGGGGAUGAAAAAAAAAAGAAGAAGAAGAAGAAAAAAUCUUUAAAGUCAGAGCACCGACGUGAAAAAAAACGAAAGCAUGAUGAUAAAAAAGAGACAUUUAUACCAAUACCUAAGUUAACAUUAAAAAUGGCGCCUGAAAUGAUAUCCGAAUCAACGCCCUCUAAGUUGGUUAUCAAGUCAGAAGUUGUAUCACCCGUGGUUUUAGUUCCUCCAGCUAAAAAGACCAAGAAACAAAAAGAAACUAAACCAGCUGCUGGCUUCUAUGCAGAAACAAUAACAAACACAUCAUCUUCUAUGUCAGCAGAUCUUUAUUAUUGUCCUGGCUGUGAUCGUCCUGAUGAUGGAAGUCCAAUGAUAGGAUGCGACUCUUGUGAUGGAUGGUACCAUUGGUCAUGUGUGAACAUAACUGUUGCUCCUGCUGAUGAUGCACAGUGGUUUUGUUCAAAAUGUGCACCCGCUUUGAAAAAAAGUACACCAGCUGUGAAAAAGAAGAAGAAAAAAAAGAAAAAAGAAAACUAAGGCUUAAUAGUUACUGAAGUGUUCAUUGUAUAGUUAUUUUGUUCAAAACUUUAUAAAAUUUUGUUUUUGAGCAACCCCAAAUUACACAAAUUGAAAAAGUGACGUUCUUCAAACAUCUUUAUUAUCUAUUUAACGAAAUUGUAUCUCAACACGAAAAAUUUAUACAACCGUUUAAUGUUAAAGUUUUAACAUUUAUUAUUUAUAGUAUUUUGAUUUAAUAGUUUAAUUAUAAAAAAUGUCUUC